AUGGCAACAAAAAUAGACGCAACACCACAGCCACAACCACCACCACCUCCCUUCAAGCUCAACAUGACACCCUGUGAAGUUGUCCACCACUUGGCUUCAUCCAAUGCGGUGGUGAUCUUCAGCUUGAGCGACUGCUGCAUGUCGACAGUGGCCAAACGCUUCCUCAUCAGCCUCGGCGUGGGACCAACUAUUGUGGAGCUUGACAAGGAGUCUGAUGGAAAUGCUAUCCGGUCUUUCUUGAAUCAAAUUUCUGGGGCUGAGCAGCCUGUUCCGGCUGUCUUCGUCGGCGGUAAGUUUGUUGGUGGUGUGCAGACUCUCAUGGCCAAACACAUCAAUGGAACUCUUGUCCCUCUUCUUAAGGAAGUUGGUGCUCUCUGGCUCUAA